GUACCACCAGUUUGCUUAGAAAUACAAACAUUUCAACUGGCACUGCAUCAGGCCAAGGUAACGUAUAGAUAGUGAUUUCUCAGAAACAAACUUGACGAUCUCAGGGUUUUGAAAAACCAUCAUCUUGAUGUGCAGUCCAUCAACUGUCAACCGAGAAUAAGAUUCCAAGAGUCGACUCACCUUCAAGCAUUCCCAUCAGUCACCAUCGCCAAUAUGUCCUCUACCACUGGCGACGCCAUAGCCGAGCACGGCUGGACUGCCGUCCCCGUCGACGCCGAAGCCAUCUUCAAAGGCAAACCCUACCUCCACAAGCCGACCGCCCUCUCCGUCGAGGACAUCCAUUUCCCCUCCGACGACCCCAUCGUCGCCAAAGUCCAACAGUACGCCAAAGAGCAGCUGCCGCCUCAGACCUACAACCACUCCAUGCGAGUCUUCUACUUCGCAACGGCAAUCCUAACGCAGCAAUUCCCCUCCCACGCCCGCACCCUCUCCCGCUCCACUCUCGCCCUCGCCUGCCUGCUCCACGAUAUCGGCAGCACCCCGACAAACCUGCACGCGACGCUCCUCUCCUUCGAGUUCUCCGGCGCCAUCAUCGCCCUCGACCUGCUCCGGUCCACCCCCGGCCACUACGGAGCAGGAGGAGGCCAAGGCCCUGCCGCCCCGCAACCGCAGGCCGAGGCCGUCUGCGAGGCCAUCAUCCGGCACCAGGACCUGGGCAAGGAAGGGACCGUCACCCUGCUGGGCCAGCUGCUGCAGCUGGCGACGGUGUAUGACAACGUGGGUGCGCGGCCGUACCUGGUGCAUGGGGCCACGCGGGCGGAUGUGAAUGGUGCGUUUCCGAGGGAAGGGUGGGCGGCGUGCUUUGCGGGGACGAUUCGCGAGGAGGUGAGGGUCAAGCCGUGGGCGCACUCGACGCAUCUGGGUGGGUCGUCUGGGGAGGAAUUUGUGAAUGCCGUUGAGGGGAAUUUGUUGAUGGCUGAGUAUGAAUGA